AUGCGAUGGAUCUUCGCAAAGAGGAGUCACACGAUACUGAUUGUCCCCGCACGUUCUCACACCGAUGUAAUUGUCGUUGCAGUUGCAGCGCAAGACAAAGGAAAGGCAGAGACAUCCCUCAAAUCAGGAAAACACGUCCUCCUCGAGAAACCAUCCGUCCUUAACGCCCAAGAAGCGCACUCGCUAUCCCAUCACGCCAUUCCCCAAAAGCCCCCAUGCACCCGUCCUACUAGAGGCAAGCCACUACCGCUUCCACCCCGCCUGUCAUCUCUUCCUCCCCCCAAUUCGACGCCACGCACAUCGCAGCACGCCGAGGCCCGCGCCGCAGUCCCAGCCGGCUUCUUCCCCGGCCAUGACAUCCGCUUCAGCUUUGAACUCGCGGGGGACCGGUGCUGCGCCAUGCAUCUAGGUUCACUACGAGUUUUGUCCAGCUGCCCGCAGCGUGUUUGGCAGUGA